CAUUAUUUUUUUUUCAGUUUCUCAUUCCAAUUAUGGAUCUUACCAACUCUACUGAUUACCUGCUCAAUGUCUCUACUUCAAUAAGAAACAACAAUCACUUUCCAACUCCUGCCUCAAAAGUAAUUGUUAUGCUUCUUUUGUCCAUGACGUUUAUAAUUGGCACUAUCACCGAUGGUCUCUACCUCUGGGUGCUAAAAUUCAAAAUGAAAAAGACUGUCAAUACUCUCUUGUUUUUUCAUCUCAUUCUCUCCUAUUUUAUUUCAGUAUUGUUUUUGCCAUUUCUGGCCAUCUCCUACGUUCAGGACAAUCACUGGAGCUUUGGAAUGGCCAUGUGCAAGAUCUUUAACAGCACUUUGUCUGUAGGGAUGUUCGCCUCUGUUUUCUUCCUCUCGGCCAUCAGUGUGGAUCGUUAUCUUCUCACCCUUCACCCGGUGUGGUCACAGCUGCACCGAACCCCACGUUGGGCUUCCAGAGUCAUCCUGGGAGUCUGGAUCUCUGCCAUUGCCCUCAGCACGCCCUAUUUGGUUUUCAGGGAGACACGUGAUGACCAUAAAGGGACAGUGACCUGCCAAAAUAACUAUGCUGUGUCUCCUAACUGGGAAAGCAAAAAGAUGCAAACAUUAAGGAAAUGGAUUCAUGUAGCCUGUUUCAGCAGCCGCUUCUUACUGGGCUUCCUUCUGCCUUUCUUCAUCAUCACCUUUUGUUAUGAAAGAGUCGCCAGAAAGAUGAAAGAGAGGGGCGUGUUCAAAUCCAGCAAGCCCUUCAAAGUCAUGAUGACUGCCAUUAUCUCUUUCUUUGUGUGUUGGAUGCCCUACCAUGUAUUCCAAGGCUUAAGUCUCACUAAGAACCAGCCACUACUCUUGCAGUUGGUUCUGAUACUCACAGUGAUAACUACUUCUUUCAAUAAUGUCUUUUCUCCCACACUCUACCUAUUUAUCGGAGAGAACUUCAGAAAGGUUUUCAAGAUGUCUGUUCUUGCUCUUUUUGAGUCGACAUUCAGUGAGGAUUCUUCAGCAGAAAGGACACAAAACUUAAAUUCUGAAGCCUACAUUUAAAUUCUGGAUCCCAGAGCAAACAAUGGACUCAGUCAAUUAGACCACCAGAGAUAUACCCUCAGCUUUUGUAUAAUAUAGUUUCUGUAUUAGAGGGACACCUGGGCUAUACUAUAGUUAGAUCUAUGAAAGUUAUAAGGGCUGUAAAAAAGCAAGCAAUGGGUGAUGCUACAAAUGUGAUUUUUUUUUUCACUUUUGCUGCAGUAAAAUAUAUAUAACAUAGAAUUUACCAUUUUCACCAUGUUUAAGCGUACAUUUUAGUAGCAAUA